GGCCGAUAAAGAACAGGUAGGAGGCUUGUGCGAAGUCCUUGCAGGCUAGCGGUCCAAUGUCAUGUUGGUCUGUCUAAUGUACCAGAAGUCUUGGUGACUUGUGAUUAGCAUUUUCACAUUAGCAUUCUGCAUUCGGUUUGACGCACGAUGAGGGUCAAUGAGCAUUCUGCGCUCUCAACAGCUCAGAUUCUGCUGGUGCCGUAUAGCGAGCAUCAUGUUCCGGCCUAUCAUGAAUGGAUGCAAGAUAAAGAACUCCAGGAAGCAACAGCCUCUGAGCCUUUGAGUCUUGAAGAAGAAUAUGCCAUGCAGAAGUCAUGGCGAACAGAUCAUGACAAGCUUACGUUUAUUAUUUGCCUCCCUAUGCCUGCCCCAGCCAUCAAACCAGUCUCCGAUGGUGAGGCGCCUGUCUCGCGGACAGUGAGUGCCAAAGCUGAUGACUCUCCGGAUCGCAUGGCAGGCGACAUUAAUCUUUUCUUGUUUCCACCAGAUUCGGAGGAGAUGAAGGAGGAUGUCUCGAAUGUAGGCGGCAAUGUCGUCGGGGAGGUUGAGCUCAUGGUAGCACGAAAAGACUUGCGACGUCAAGGGCAUGGAAGAGCGGCUUUGCUCACAUUUCUGGAAUACAUACUUGCCAACUGGUCGAGUAUCGCGGCAGAAUAUGCGCAUUUUCAACAACCGAAAGAGCAAGAUGGAACAGAGACGCAGACUCCCGACACAAUUACGACAUCCACGGCAAAGCUCUCAUUCCUGCGUGUGAAGAUCAAUCAGACGAAUAUCGGCUCGAUCAAGCUCUUCGAGUCUGUGGGCUUCGUGAGGACGGUGG